AUGACCCUCCCCAAACCGAUCACAACCGCCGCCCUCGUCCUCCACGAGCUCCACGGCCCGCUCGUCUGGGAAACGCUGCAGAUCCCCUCGCUCGCGCCCGACGAGAUCGCCGUCGACAUCCACGCGACGGGCAUCUGCCACACGGAUCUGAUGCUCAUGAGCGGCGAACUACCCAGUCCCCAGCCCGGCGUCUUCGGGCACGAAGGAGCAGGGACAAUCCGCCAAAUCGGCACAGCCAUCACGCACGUCCGCCCCGGCGACCACGUCCUCCUCUCCUUCGACUUCUGCACGCACUGCGCCAACUGCACCGCCAAGCAUCCGGCCUACUGCGCCGCGUUCGCGCUGCUCAACACGGCGGGCCACCGCGCCGACAACUCCUCACCUUUACAAACCGCAACCGGCGGAGCAGUCUACUCCAAGUUCUUCGGGCAGUCGUGCUUCAGCCGCGUUGCUGUUGUGGGUGGCCGCUGUGCGAUUCCUGUUUCUUCGGGGUUGGAUCUGAGGGUGUUAGCGCCGUUGGGGUGCGGGAUGCAGACUGGGGCCGGGGCGGUGGUGAAUGUCCUGCGAUUGCAACGGGGGCAAAGUGUUGCGGUGUUUGGGACGGGGGCUGUGGGAUUAGCGGCUGUUAUGGCCGCGAAGAUUGUGGGCGCGGAGGUGAUUGUUGCGGUGGAUGUGAGGGAGGAGCGGUUACGGGUGGCAAGGGAGUUGGGGGCGACGCAUACUGUUAACCCUGCUGCGCUGCAAGAGGGUAACGGGGUGGUCGGGGCGAUUCAGGCGGUGACGGGCGGGCUCGGGGUGCAGUUUGCGGUCGAGUGCUCGGGCGUGCCGGCGGUUGUGCCGCUGAUGCUGGCAGCGCUGCGGACGCGCGGGCGCGCGGUCUCAGUGGGCGCGGCGGGGGUCACGGAGGAGGUGCGCUUCAAUCUGUUUGCUCAUUUGAUGGGCGGGAAAGCGUAUCUUGGCUGUAUUGAGGGCGAUGUCUAUCCGCCGGAGUUUGUGCCAUGGCUGGUCGAGCGGUAUGCCCACGGCGAAUUCCCCGUCGACAAGCUGGUCAGGGUGUACAAGGUCCGGGAUUAUGAGGAGGCGUUUGCUGAUGUUCGUGAGGGGAAGGUGAUCAAGGCGGUGCUGGAUUGGACGGAGUAG